AUGAUAAACUGGCUCUCCAAUGGUUUCGCAAGUGCAUUGCCUCAACCUGCAAGUCCUCUUCUCUCCAGGGCCAACUCUGAUGCUAAAUCAAUGCACGAGGAAGGUCCUUCAGACAGAACUGGUGUUAUAAACUGGAUCUCCCAGGGAAUUGGAAAGGUCGUACCUCAGCCUGAUGAGAAAUACAGACAGGGAGAGACUCCAGAAUGUCAGGAAGUCACAGAAGUCUAUGAUGUCAAGGAACUUCCUGAUUACGAGCCCUUGCCACAUAUACCAGUAGUAGAGAUGGUGUCGGAGGAUGAAGCAACGGAGGUGGAUACUCCUCAGUUCCCUCCAAAAAUAAUGAAUUGGAUAAAGAGUGGUUUUCAAAACGCUCUGCCUCAACAUGUUGUCAGACCUCCAAAUAACUCCAACGAUUCCUCACCAAGAUCAUCACAGUGCUCCAACAAAGUUUUUUCACCUCCUCCAGAGUCGAUUACCAGCGUUACAGAGGUUGAUUUGAAAGCUACCAGUAUGGUGGGUCGGAUUGUUCAAGGUUUGGGCCUUUCGAUGCCGCAGCCCGUGUUAAAAAACAAGGAGGGUUACAUGGAGGACAAGGAGAUUGUGCAAAAUGCAGGUAGUGUAAAUUCAGUUCCUGCGGACCUUAUCCUUGAAGAGGUUGACUCUGAAGAUGAGGCUCAACCGAAGGAAGCUUUCUCUGAACAGCCAGCAAAAACACCAGCAGAUUUACUUUCAUAUCCAGAAGCUGGGUGCCAACCACAGAUACCCGUAUCACCAGAACAAUCCCUUCAACUGAGUGUCGCCGCACCCUCACAAACACACACAGAGCUGGAAGAUGCUGAGACCCAAACAGCACGAUGGACGCCCAUGAUCGAGAGUAUCAAGAGAGAGGCAGAGGAUACAGCCAUACUUAUUAUGGAGGAACGGUUGAUGCAGGAGCGUUUAGAGAUGACUCGCAUGGCAGAGGAAGUCGCAAGGCAGACAGCAGAGAUGGCGGUCAGAGAGCUGGCACGAGCCAGGCUUGGCAUUCAGACCAUUGUUGAAGAGCCUGAAGAUGUUGAUCAAGAAUUACAAGAGUUGGAGGAAGAUGACGGGUGUCAAGCACAUUCAGUUAAGGAGUUUGUUCCAGAAGGACAGGAGGUCGCCGAAACCCCUGUGGAAGAAUUUAAGCCGUGUUCACCUCUACAGGAGCCUGAAUCAGAGCCUGAGGUGCAAAUUAAACCUGAGGCUGAAUCUAUACCCAGAACUAAGAGCCCUGCAUCUGAAAAGCUCAGUGAAGAAGACGAAGAAGAACCUGAAUCUGAAGAAGAACCAGACGUGAUCACUCAUCAGCCUCAGUCCAUUUCCAGUAGCUCAGUUUCUCAAACUGAUACACCGGUGGAGAGUUUACCAACUGAAGUGGAAACUAGUGUCCCAUCCAGAUGUGAUGCACUGAAGAGCUGCCUCAUGCACAUGCCCUAUGCCCCUCAGGCCGUCGAACGUUUCCGCCAGUUCCGAAAAGAGAACAACAUCACCCUGCCUGGAGUGCCUCAGAUGCCCAACUUGCCCUCCUCUUUGACUCAGAUUACCCAACAUCUGCCAUCAUUUUCCUUUCAGCUGUCUCAGUUACCCCAGCAAGUCUCCCAGCAAAUUUCCAAAAUCCCAAACCUGUCUUCAAACAUUUCUCAGCGGCUUCCCAACUUGACCCCGCAUCUCCCGAGCUUCCCACAAAAGCUGUCCAACAUUCCACAACAGUUGUCCAGCAUUCCACAAAGGCUUAGCAGCAUUCCCCAACGCUUUUCCGCCCUUCCGCAACAGAUCAUGAUGCCCAAGCAACAACCUCAACAGAGUAGAGAUCUCGAGUUGGACCAUCUCGUCCGCCAGUCUCCGCUCCGUUCUCCCCGAACCCCUUCGCCUUCCUCCCCAAGCUCUGUCCUUGACCUCCCCAAUGUGCCCUCGUACCCUCGUCUGCCACCCAUUACCCCUACCAGGCAGUUGUCGGGUAUCUCCAACCCUGCUGUCCACAUUGAAGAUGACCCUACCUCUGCUAGACCCUCAGUGAGUUCCAGACUUAGCGUGCACCCGGCUGUGAACGUAGAAGAUGUUGAUUCCGACGGAGGAAAAGUCGGGAGGAGAUCUCGGCCCAUACCUCCAAUCAUAAACCCACAGGACCCCAACCUCAAAACCCUCACUGUACCUGGUGUUCGAAAAGCCAACCGCACCAGAGACAGAAAAUCACAGACUAUUUGGACCAAGAUCAAAAGACUUUACUCUCAAGAUGAUGAAGAUGAAGAGGAACUAGAAACUGCAGUCAAGGCCUGGCCAAGCCAGAGCAGCAUCUCCAGCGCAGAUGAUGGGCUUAAUCAGCGGCCCAGUUCUUCGGCCAGCCAGGCCAGUACUGUAGUGAAUGAGAGGUUGCAGGAGCUGGUGAAGCUGUUUAAAGAAAGAACAGAACGUGUCAAGGAGAAACUGAUUGAUCCAGAUGACUCCGAUGAUGAGACACCCCCUGCUUCUCCAGCUAAGCAAGCUCCAGCUCCCCCUGCUCCUCCUGCUCCUGAGCCUCCAGCGGAGCCGAAAACAGAACAGGAGGUGACAGAAGCACCUGCCGAGAAAGAAGAGGAAAAAACUAAAGUACUGUGCUGUAAAAUCAAACCUCAAUCCAGGCUUGGUCGACUUCUGCGGUACCGUUUCCCAGCCAGCAUCGACCCCUUCACUAAUUUGAUCUACGUGCUUUGGCUGUUUUGCGUGUCUUUGGCAUUUAACUGGAACGCGUGGAUGAUUCCCGUGCGUUCGGCGUUCCCUUAUCAAACACCGGAUAACAUCCAUGUGUGGCUGUUGAUUGACUACCUAUGUGACACCAUCUACAUUCUGGACAUUCUGGCCUUUCAACCCCGAUUGCAGUUUGUGCAACAUGGGGACAUUGUGAGCGACAAGAAGGAGAUGAGAGAUAAUUACAUCAAAGCCGUUCGGUUCAAGCUGGACUUGCUCAGUCUCCUUCCUCUGGAGCUUUUCUACUUCAAAACGGGAAUUAAUCCACUCCUCCGCUUACCAAGGAUAAUGAAGUUUAUGUCUUUCUUUGAGUUCAAUAAACGUCUGGAAGCUAUCCUGACCAACGCUUACGUUUACAGAGUCGUUCGAACCACCACUUAUCUACUGUAUGCCGUCCACUGUAAUGCUUGUCUCUACUACUGGGGCUCAUCUUAUGAAGGUCUGGGUGUUUCUGAAUGGACUUAUGAUGGGACUGGCAAUAGCUAUAUCCGCUGUUACUACUUUGCCGUGAAGACUUUGCUCACCAUCGGAAACCUGCCGGGACCCACCACACUUUUCGAGAUUGUAUUUCAGCUCAUCAAUUACUUCACUGGAGUGUUUGUGUUCUCCAUCAUGAUUGGUCAGAUGAGAGAUGUUGUGGGUGCAGCCACGGCCGCUCAGACAAACUAUCGUGCGUGUGUGGAUAACACGGUUAAGUACAUGGCCUCCUACCGCAUUCCUAAAGAUGUGCAGAACAGAGUAAAAACAUGGUAUAGCUACACGUGGCAGUCCCAAGGGAUGCUGGAUGAACAAGAGUUACUAGUUCAGUUACCUGAUAAGAUGAGAUUGGACAUUGCUGUGGAUGUGAACUAUUCCAUUAUCAGUAAAGUGCCACUCUUCCAGGGUUGCGACAGACAGAUGAUCUUUGAUAUGCUGAAAAGGCUCAGAUCUGUGGUGUACCUUCCAGGAGAUUACAUCUGCAAAAAGGAUGAAGUGGGCCGUGAAAUGUACAUCAUUAAAGCCGGGGAAGUCCAGGUAGUUGGCGGUCCAGAUGGUAAGACGGUGUUUGUGACCCUGAAAGCAGGAGCUGUGUUCGGAGAGGUCAGCUUGCUUGCCAUUGGAGGAGGAAACAGACGUACAGCUAAUGUGGUAGCACGUGGUUUUGCUAACCUCUUCAUUUUGACCAAGAAGGACCUGAAUGAGAUCAUGGUGCACUAUCCAGAGUCCCAGAAACUGCUCCGCAAGAAAGCAAGGAAAAUGGUGACUAAAGACAAGAAGCCAGCUGAGAAGAAAGAAGAAAAGGAGCCCAUCCCAAUUAUUCCUCAUCGUGCCGAGACGCCCAAACUGUUGAAAGCAGCAUUGGAGAUGACUGAAAAAUCAGGGAUGAAAGGAACAUGGUCCAAAUUGAAGGAAAAGACCAAUAGAUCAAGUGUCUCCUUGCAGCACUCGAUCUCUUCAUCUGUGAUGCCCAACUCGCCCGUCCAUGAGCCGAACUCAGAGCAGGAAGCUGACGCCAUGUCUCAAAUGUCAGACAGCUCAAUGCAAAUCCCCACGACCCCCACCGGCUCUGGAGAUGGGAACGUAUUUGCCGAAGACGACGGCCCAGCAGAGGUGGAAACAAAAUGUCCUCCGAUAGAAAAAGAAACAGUGAUCAAAUAAGAGUCUUAGAUGUUGUCACAUUUAAAAAGCCUGCUUAAAUAGCUUCUACACUAACAGUAAUAUUCAAAAUUUUACUUUAUAUGUAAUGUUAUGUAAAUAUAAGAAAGCAUAUAAUUUUCUGCUAACAUAAGAGGUCUAUCCGAGGUAUCUGAAUACCAGUUGCCGGCGACUUUGAUGGUGGUCAGUCACUCUCGAAAGUCGCUCAUCAUUUCCAUAAUGUUUAACUUUUCUCAAAUUUGGGUGCAUUAAUUGUGCAUCCUCAUUUCCUUUCCUCGCAUCUUAGCUCACUGGAAAGAAUGAGAUCGGGCUGUUGGCAGUCGCUGGCGGUGUGCACGCAGUUUUAGUUAAACAAAUAUCAUACUGCAAUAAAAACAUAGUUCACUGAUACUGUAAUUCUUCUUCUGAUAAAAAUAAUGUACUCAAAAGGGCUGUUGUGUAAUGUUAGCAUAGAGCAGAUAUCUAUAGGUUUAUCUAACUGUCUACCAAAAGACAAGUGCCUUAAUAAACCCUAAACACUGUCAUUCAUCAUACACCCUUAAAACUGUGCAAGCUUAUCACUUGAUAGGUUCACCGCUCAUCAUUAUGGUUGACUGCCAACAUCAAAGCAGUUUUGUAGCAUUUUUUUUUUACUUUAGUCUAGUUGAGACAUUAUUUUGGCAGUAUGUAGUUUAUUUUGUCCUGGAAAGCGCUGUGCUGAAUAUUUUAAGAUGUUUCUUUGUUUCUUUAAAGGAUAUGAAUAAUUCUGUAAUACUCCCAAAU